UGUGUUUUUAGUACAUGUACGUUGUAUUGCCGACGCCGUACGUAGUAUCUUAGUAUGGACUACAGUGUAGGGUAUCGUUCACAAAGGUUCUCUUGUUAUAUGUUGGGAUAAUGGCCUGUUUAUAAAGCAGGUAGUAGUACAGGUAAUAUUUUAAUGUUGUAACAAUUAUCUUAAGAUGGCAUCAAAAGAUGAAGCCCAGGACUUCGUGGGAUGUAAUUUGUGUCAGCAACCUGUCUCAUUUUUUUGCAGACGAUGCGGAGUCAAUCUCUGUGACCCCUGUGCUAUCAGACAUCUACGCGUGAAAUCUAAAAACGGACAUAAUAUUGUAGAUUACACCAGCAAGGAUGAUGACGACACAUGCCACCGUGAUUACCAUUCCCACAAGUGUUUUGUCUUAUUAGGCUGUAUUAUUAGUCUGAUAGCUCUUUUUUUACAUCUGCAAAACAAUUGUUCCGCAAUGUACCAACUAUUCACAGAUGAAGUGACAGCACGGGAAGAAGAGUACCAAAAACAGAUUGAAGAGGUUGUAAAGAAACUUCACCAGAAAAUGGAUGACAUGCAAAAAGAACACGAGGUUGUCCUACAGAAACAAAAGAAAGAGUUUGAAGAAAUGAUUGAGAAAGUGUGGGACAUGCAAAAGGCACAGAAUGAUGUACUACAGAAACAAAAGAAAGAGUUUGAAGAGAUUAUUGAAAAGGUGAAUGAAAUAAACGAGAAAACAAUAAAAAUACAGAAAACAAAGAUCGUCAAAGAAAUGCAGACUUUCAUUCCAUAUACAUGUAUUCGGAAACGGAAAAUUAUGACUGAGGUUUUACAGUAUUCAAUUCCAAAAUUAUAUAAACGUAAAAUAGAUGAACUUUUGGAAAAUGAAUUAACAGAAAAUGAGUUCUCGUGUAGAAGAAUUUUGGAUAUACCGACAGUUACUUCUGUUAUAGACACUGGGUUCCCUGCUGAUGAAAAGUAUAAAAGCCGUCUGUUUGACAUGGCCGUUACCGACGAUAACAAAGUGUGGAUGGGAGGAGCAAGCAAUGAACUGAAGUUGUUUGAUCUCCAGGGACACCUCCACCACACCGUCAGCAUUACUAACAUAGGCAUGUACUUAUGUAUGCACAACAAACAAGUAGUGUACAGUGAUCAAUCAGAUAACACCAUGAAAAUGAUAUUUGGCACCGACAAUGUGGUGACGAUGUUCACUACCGGGGACUGGGUCCCAUACGGCGUCACAAGCACUGCAUCCGGUGAUCUACUGGUCUGUCUCCGUAAAGACGAUCAGUCCAAAGUCGUCCGAUACAGCAGUACCGGUACCGUGCUCCAGGAAAUCCAGUACGACUCGCAGCGUCAACCUCUGUACAAAAAGGCGGCUUAUAUCACUGAGAAUGUCAACGGGGACAUCAUUGUAACUGACUGGAAGAAAAAAGCAGUCAUUGCUGUCGAUAGAUUGGGCAUAUUUCGGUAUUUAUACUCGGGCAAGGACAGUGAAUUUUUCGCCUGUUCAGUCGCCACUGAUUCUGUUGGUCACGUCAUCGUUACAGGUGGUGUUGGUAAAAAGAUUUCCAUGCUGGACAGAGACGGACGAUUCCUGAGAUACAUCAUUCCCGAGGGAGGAAUUAAAGAUCCACGCGGCGUGUGUAUCCUUGGGGACGUUGAGAUGAUGGUGGGAGAGUGUCUGACCGGAAUCGCCAAAAGAAUAAAAUACUUAGAAGAUUGAGGAGACAUCUGUUUUUGAUAUCAAUGUGUUGUAAUAGCAAUGAAUGUAGGAUAUUUUUGAAUGAAUUAAUAUAAAUAAAGAUCUCAUGUAGCAAACAUAAUGUGACAGUGAAAUAAACCUCAAUCAACUGCCAUAAAUAUCGCAUUUGAUUUUAAGACUGUAAAAUGCAAACAGCAAGAAAUUAAUAAUACGAUCUUUUUUAUAAG